AUGUUCGAGGCUUUAGUGAUGGAGGUAGUGGAAGAUAUCAAUGGUUGUGACGACAAAGAACGCACUGCACUACACUUUGCAGCUAUGCGAAAUAACCUAAUAUAUGUCCAGAUUUUACUUAAACAUGGCAUAGAUGCAAACCUACAAGACCGUGCAGGUAAUAUAGCACUGCAUUAUGCUGUUACAAAAAACAAUCCGGAAAUGGUAUCUACAUUGAUAGAACAUGGCUCUGUCGUGGGUACUGAAAAUGCCAAUGGUUUUCCAGCUUUGCAUUUAGCAGUAAGAGACUGUAACGUGCAAUGCAUCAAGAUACUGUUGCAGCAUGGAGCAAAUCCGAAUAAAAGAUAUUCUAUGUUCAAUAGAGUUUUUCAUGAGAUAAACUGUGUUAAAAAAGACAGCACCGAAAGCUUAGAGCUGCUACUAAAGUUUGGUGCCAAAACAGAAGUCCUUGACACUAAAAGUCUAACGCCACUGCAUUGGGCAUGCCAGGGGGGGAAUUUUCCCUUUGCUAAAAUGCUGCUAGAUUAUGGGGCAAAGGUUGAUUAUGAAAGCCCCGAGACCAGAGGACUUCGUGGUAAAAUUACACCAUUGCGAUAUGCUGUAAUGAACAGUGAACCUGAACUUACAAAACUACUAUUGGAGCACGGCGCAGAUCCCAAUAAAUGUGAUGCUAGAGGCAAUACUGCCCUGCAUGUUGCAGCUCAACAAAGCUGUAGAGAAAUCGUACAGCAACUGCUAGAAAAGGGAGCUAAUGUUCAAGUGAAAAACUUUGACGGUCAUCAACCACUCCACCGUGCCUGUAUUUGUAGUAAUGACUCAGAUUUGAUUCGUCUGUUGCUUCAGCAUGGAGCAGAUCCAAAUGCUGUGAAUGAGAAAAUGGAAGUACCCAUACAUGGCUUGUUGUGGAAGUAUGGUCGGGCCCCCAUUGACAAGGCAGAUACCAAUGACGCUAAUCUGAGAGAAAAGAUACUUAUUCUCCUUAACCAUGGGGCACACUUCAAUCUCUGCAAUGAUCAAAAUGACCCAUUCAGUAUCAUUAACAACUUGAGAAAGUUGGAAACUUUGCCUCAGAGUCUACAUCUGCUCCUAGAGGCUUCUGAUUCCGUCAACUUCUACGACAGCAAAGGCUCUACGCCACGUCAAGCCAUUCAUUCAAGCAUAAAGGACAAAUUAAAAGAGAUGACAUCAAUGCCAAGGUCGCUAAAACAAAAAACUAGAGUAUGCAUACGCAAUGCCUUAGAAAUGAGAGUUGCCACUGAUGUUGAAUUUCUGCCAAUACCACAUUCACUGAAGCAAUACAUUUUAUACAAGUAA